GAGGCUGCUCCCUCCAGGCGCUGCCACAGUGCAGAUGCUGCCCUCCUGACUGCCCUCUGCACCCGGACCCAGGAGCCUCGUCGAACCAGGAGCACCGCAGGGCAGACGCCUCCUGCCUGGAGAGUCCUCAUGGAGCAGGGCAGUAGGGCGGGCAGCACGCCCGGCGCUGGGGGGGCUGGUGGCACAGCCACCCCCAAAGCAGAUGGCAGCACAACCCAGCCGGUCCCAGAAGCUCUGCAGGCUGCCCGGCCCCAAGGGAGGAAGGCAGCACCCACGGAGGGGACGGUGCCGGCUGCCACCGGGGCGCAGGAUGAAGGGAAGGAUGAGCCUGGGCAGGAGAAGGCUCUGGCUGCCGCUGCGGCUCAGGAUGGGGGACAGGCAGAGCCUGGGAAGGAGAAGGCUGCGGGAGAGGCCAGAGGAGCGAAGGCAGAGCCAGCGGGGGCGACGGCCCCGACCGCUCCAGAGCCCGGGGAUGGAAGGAAGGCAGCGCCGGCAGAGGAGGCUUCAGCUGCGCAGCACAAUGGAGGGCAGGCAGCAUCUUCAGAGGAGAAGGUGCUGGCUGCUGCCAAGGCUCAGGAUGGAGGGAAAGAUGAGCCUGGGAAGGAGAAGGCUCCAGCUGCAGGAGAGCCUGAAGGAGGGCAGGCAGCACGCAAGGAAGGGAAGGGCCCGGCUGUAGUAGAGGCCCAGGACGGAGGGAAGGACAAGCCCAAGAAGGGGCAAGCCUCUGGUGGGUUAGAGGCUGAGUGUGGUGGGAAAGCAGAGCCCACGGAGGAGAAGGCUCCGGCUGCAGCAGAGUCUGAAGGAGGGAAGGCAAAACCUGCAGAGGAGACAGCCUUGGCUGCAGCACAGGCUCGGGGUGGAGGCAAAGAAGAGCCUGCAAAGGAGAAAACUACGACUGCUGCAAAGGAGAAGGUCCCGGCUGCUGCAAAAGCUCAGGAUGGAGGGAAGAAAGCUGCAAAGGCAGAGAAAACCCUAGCUGAUAAAAAGCCUGUAAAGGAGAAGGCUCCAGCUGCUGUAAAGGCUCAGGAUGGAGAGAAUAAAGUGGCAAAGGCAGAAAAAGCUCCAGCUGCAAAAAAGGCUCAAGAUGGAGGCAAAGAGGAGCCUGUAAAGGAGAAAGCCGCAGCUUCUGCAAAGGAGAAGGCCCCAGCUGCUGCGAAGGCUCAGGAUGGAGAGAAGGCAGCAGCAAAGGCUGAGAAAACGCCAGUUGCAAAGAAGCCUCAAGGUGGAAGCAAAGAAGAGCCUGCAAAGGAGAAGGCCCCAACUGCUGCAAAGGUGCAGGAUGGAGGGAAGAAAGCUGCAAAUGCUGAGAAAACGCCAGCUGCAAAGAAGCCUCAAGAUGGAAGCAAAGAGCCUGCAAAGGAGAAAGCCCCGACUGCUGCAAAGAUGCAGGAUGGAGGGAAGAAAGCUGCAAAGGUGGAACCCCCCCCAGCUGCAGCAGAGGCUGGGCAUGGAGGCAAGGAGCCCGCAGAGGUGGUGGCCGCGCCUGCUGCGAAGGCUCAGGGUGAAGGGGAGAAAGCAGCAACGGCGAAGGAGGCGGACAAGCAGCAGCAGCCAAGGGGCCCCAAGCUCCGGCGUCCGGCUCUGCUGCAGAGCCUGAGCUGCCCAGCCGCCUGCCAAAGGGAGGAGCAGCCCUGGGUGGAGGCAGCGGUGAUGGAGAUGAUACCGGAGGAGGUCAUGGUGGCAGAGCUGAGAGAGGGUCCGGCAGAGCCUCGCCCUGCCCCGCGAGCCCUGGGGGACCUGCAGCCCCCGGAGCCCCCCAUCCCCACAGGGAGCCCUGGCACCCCACGGGAGAGGACAUUGCCCAGUGCCACAGGGCAGCCCACGGAUCCUACUGGGGCCACAGAGCAGCCUGGCCCUGGGGGGCAACCCUCCUCGACGGAGGCAGAGCCACCCCCCAGCCCCUACCUCACCCCCGAUUUUGGGAAGGAAGACCCUUUCGAGAUACUGGAUGACGUCCCUCCACCGCCGGCGCCCUUCGCGCACCGUAUAGUCACCCUGCGGUCUGCCAGCGUCAGCUCCCAGUUCAGUCUCAGCUCCAAGGAGAUCCUGGGAGGGGGCAAAUUCGGCGAAGUCCACACGUGCACAGAGAAGCAGACGGGGCUCAAGCUGGCGGCCAAAGUGAUCCGGAAGCAGGGUGCCAAGGACAAGGAGAUGGUGCUGCUGGAGAUCGACGUGAUGAACCAGCUGAACCACCGCAACCUUGUCCAGCUCUACGACGCCAUCGAGACCCCCCGGGAGAUCAUCCUCUUCAUGGAGUUUGUGGAGGGCGGCGAGCUCUUCGAGCGGAUCGUCGAUGACGACUAUCACCUGACAGAGGUAGACUGCAUGGUGUUCGUCCGGCAGAUCUGCGAGGGCAUCCGCUUCAUGCACCACAUGCGCGUCCUCCACCUCGACCUCAAGCCCGAGAACAUCCUCUGCGUUGCUGCCACUGGGCACAUGGUGAAGAUCAUCGACUUUGGGCUGGCUCGAAGGUGCUGUCUUCCCCCCUCGACUCCCAGCCACACGCUGCCUCCCUUCUCGGGGCUGCCCCGCCUUGCUCCCCAGGGCAGCCCCAGCCAGAUUGGCUCCAUUCCAGGGGGGUUUUGGAGGUGCUGCAGCCCGAGGGCACCCGGCUCCUCACGCCUCUGCACCCCCAGGCUCAGCGGCCUCUCCCCCUUCUUGGGUGACAAUGACACCGAGACGCUCAACAAUGUCCUGGCUGCCAACUGGUACUUCGACGAGGAGACCUUCGAGAGCGUCUCUGACGAGGCCAAGGACUUUGUCUCAAACCUCAUCAUCAAGCAGAAGAGCGCCCGGAUGAGCGCCGGCCAGUGCCUGCAGCAUCCCUGGCUCAACAACCUGGCAGAAAAGGCCAAGCGCUGCAACCGCCGGCUCAAGUCCCAGGUGCUGCUAAAGAAAUACGUCAUGCGGCGGCGCUGGAAGAAAAACUUCAUCGGGGUGUGUGCCGCCAACCGCUUCAAGAAGAUCACCAGCUCAGGGUCACUGACGGCACUGGACGUCUGAGCGGGGGCUCCCGAG